AUGGCUCCCGUCCCGGAGGCCUAUUUCCCGUCCCUGGACAAAUGCUUCUCCGGGGACGUUCAGCUCUUGUCUUGGAAAAGAGCUUUUCUUCACACCCUCGAUCCUGAAGGUCAUGCCGAUGGAGGCGCGAUCAACGCCUUCCUUUCACAUCCCGACAGCAUUCGCCUGCUUUCCGAGAGCCUGAAGCCGUUCCCUUCUCCUUCUGCAAAAUCCAAAGCCGAAUUCGAUUCCAAAACCGCUGCUAUUCAUGUCGAGACCAAUGGCCAGAGCUCCUUCAAUCUUCAAGAAAUCAAAGCCGACACUCUAUGGUUGAGCGAAAAGGCCAAAAUCGAUGAGGUAUCUGCUCUUCGGAUUGCUGUGCUGGAAUGGCAGGACCGCCCGGCGACGCGCCUCAACCUCGGCUUCUCUAGCGAAGAGGCGACGAGUCUACAAAGCGCGACUGGAACCGAGAACUUUCGAGGCUCUUUGGCCGGUCCCCACUUGGCCGCCAUUCUGAGCCAGACAGGCCGAAACGAAAGUAUUUCGUCAUUUGAUUCAGAAAAGAAUAGACGCCUACGGUUGCGAGAGUUGUAUCUUUCUGAGGCAACCCAUGUAUUGAAAACACUUCGCAAACUGCUCGCUCUGUCCCUGCAUGAUUCGGCAUCUGAAAAUGGCUCGAACAAAUCUUCCAUCUCAGAGCGCAAGCUCGCUUUGCAAAAAUUGGGAGCCACAAUUUUCCAGCCCAAAUCGUUAGGUGCAAAAUUUGACCAGUUUGUCCAGGACUGCAUAACUUCAAUACGCAGUCGUUUGACGGCUUUGGAAAGCAACGGGGGCUGGCUGAGCACCGCAGAGAGCAGCGAGGAGAUUGAAGGGAUCUGGAGAACAAGCACUGUGGAAGAAGUAGUUCACAUAUUGCAACUUGUGUUCCACCAGCUCUCGGCCUCGGCGGAAAUCCCAACAGCUGAGCUUUUGCUGUCUUGGCUUGAGCUCAUGACCGAAUAUGGCUUCUUACAAACAAUACAAGUGCCUUGUCAGCAACCAGAGGAACUGCUGCUGCCCCUACAGUCUUUCGCCUCACUUACCACAUUAGCGUUCCUGAAAAUUCCUGAAACCAUUACCUCAAUCUUGAGUCGCAAGCAUUCCGGAUACUCGUCGCAACCAUACUUCUUGUCCAAACAGAAACUCCCCAAAAUUAAUGAAACCUUUCUCGGCGUAUGUGGGGAUGUGGUCCUUGCAAACCCGGCAGUUCUUGCAUGGGGCUUGAUUCUCAAUACUCUCGGAGAAUUGGCAAACAGCGACAAAGGGACAAGAGAACAACAGCAACUUGACUUGGCCGUCGAUUCGUUCCAAUCGAAUACACAGCACGCAGGAACAACCCAAGAGUUAGAGCACACGCUUUGGGAAGACUUGCUCGACUGUGCCCGAACCCCGGUACACACUGCCGAGGAAUCUAUCUCAAUCUUGACAUCUGAUCUCGUGAAAGAAUCUGUUUUUUGUACUAUUCCCAUUCUCUCUUCAAAGAUCGGGUGCAUGUCAGCUGUCGACGAUGGUUUGACAGCCCGGUGGAUUCGCCUGUGUCUCCUUGACUGCAUUAGAGUUGCAGUUAUGUUUUUGGAAUAUACAGAUGUUGUGGAGUCUGUGCUGUCAAUUUUGGAAUACGAGGACAGUGGCUUUUCGACUGAUCGGGACACGUUAGGGCCCGCCAGUGACCCCAAGUGUGUAUUUGCCAAAGACCGCUAUCUGAUGGACAGCAUCUUCAAUGUCGCUCGUUCACGCUUCCCGUAUGAAACCUCGCCUUUUCUGCGCCUUUGCCGGGUUCUUGUCAGUGGGCACAAUUUGAAUGAUGAUGGCUUGCCAGAGAUUCUCGAUAAGCUUGAAAAUAUGCAUUCAUUCACGCAGAUAAUGGAGCCUCAUUUCCAAGGCUAUGCAACAAUUCGAGAGGAUGAGGACGCAAACUUUGUGGCUUUGCUUCAACCUCUCCCAAUGUUCGAGAUCGCAUCUCACCAUCAUCAUUUGGAAGAAUCAUCAAGCAAUGCUUUGAUCGUCAGCGGCUCUUCCCAACUCCCUUCGCAGACAAUUGGUCAGGUAAUCUCUGAUUCAAAGCCAGCAGUCAUCAAGUGGGCACAUCAAUACUCCUGUCUGAGUUUCUUGGGGAGCUGGCUUGAAGAGUGGAGCGAAAAUGGUGGGCAAUCACCCGGAUGGUCUGAUGACAUCGGUACAGAUAUCAUUGCACUCCUGACGGAACUAAUUGCCAAUUCCAAGACAUCGUGUACCGAAGCGGCCAGCGGGAAGCGUAUUCUGGAAUUAGCUAGCGACGGGCUAUCCAAGCAGGGUGACAUUAUAUCUGUUGUCUUUGACAUUUUCGAACGCAACCUGCAAAACACUGGCUCACGAGGAGACGCCGCCAAAUCUUCAGGUGCAGCCAUGGCAUGCUUGGGUUUCAUCAAAGCCCUUAUCAAGGUUCUCCCCAGCCGUGUAUGGCCAUUCCUGGGCCGGAGCAGCUUUAUCGGGUCCGACGGUAAAGGCGGCAUGAUGAGCGCAAUCAUCUCAGCUUUGGAGGUUCCUUCGGGCGACUAUCCGUUCCUAGUCAGCUGCGUUGAUCUUGUCGAAGCAGUGAUCAAUGAUGCGGCGUCCCGAGCAGUGUUGCGGAAGAGCCCGGGCAGCGUGUCAAGCAAAUCAACCAUUGCUUCUGACUGGAGUGCGGGUGUUCCUUCCCACGUCAUGAGGAACAUUCUGUUGAAUUUUACCCGGGUGAUGGUCGAGAUCUUCAACAGCAACGGCAGCUGGAGGUUUAACUUGCCUGAACAAAGGUUCAAGAUCAACUCAAUGCUCGCUGCCUCCUUUAAGCGUAUUUUGUAUUAUGCUUACGGAAUCAACGAUGGUCCCAAGUUAGAUUCAAAGGUCACCGGUGUCUUCUCUGCUUCCGCAGCUUAUAUCCUGGAUGCCUUGCGACCUCAGUCUACCACAGACCUGACUUUCAACCCGAUUCUUCGACUUAUCACUGAAGGUCUUCAGGCUCCUCCCACACUCCACCUCCGAUACCUCAAGCUAGUCGAAAACCAGGUCAAUUCUACACUGCAGCUUUGUAUCAAACUUGUACAAGCAGCCCAACUGGCCGAGAAACCUACUUCCCUUCUUGAGGAACAGUUGUUCAAGGCAAGCCCGGUUCUUGUCAAGCUUUAUGCCCUGCAUGAUCCUUUCAAAUUACCGGUUGUGUCGAUGCUUGAGAUCUUGAUCUCCAGUGCUGCUUCGAUUCCAGACAACGAGCCACCAUCCCUUGUUGGUCACCUCGGGGCCGAAUCAUCCUGCCUGUUCCUCGAUGUAUUAUCGCAGCUUGACAAGCCCUUGGGUGACACUUCCUUGCAGCUUGCAAUCUGGCAACUUCUAUCAACAUUCGUCAGCAAACGUCAGCAGUGGCUUGCAGUCUUCAUUUUGACAGGAGCAUCUCCUCGCCAGACUCUGAAGAAAGAGGCGUCCUCCGAUGGACUCAAAAUGCGAAGUUCGCCUUUCCUGCAGAUGGCGCUUGAAAAGUUGUCUCACAUCGACCAACUGGAGCCGCAGGUGGCUUUGGCGUUGCUUCAAUUUAUUUCUCGUGCACAAGAAAAUUGGCCUUGGGCAACUCCUCAUAUCGGCAAGCAUCCUCAGUUCUUCGCUAGCAUUAUCAACUACGUGUCAAAGUUGAAGAUUAGCAAAUUGCCGGUCAUGGACCAAAUUCAUAGCACGCGGAUUGCGGCUGUCGUCGCUGAUCUUUGCGCCGUCUACAUGCAUUCGGCCAAGGAAGUAAACGACCGCAGCUUUAUCAAGACUAUGAUUCCACUAGUAUCUUGGUUUUCUCAUGGCGCAGUUGAGGUCUCUGCUUUCAACGCUUCGUUGCACGCCAACUUGAAGAAGAACUUCGAGAAUCGAUACUCGGGUUGUAAAAUUGAUGACUUCAAGAGAACCUUGCUCGAAAUUCGUACCCCAGGGCCGGACUACUACUACGACUUGAGUAUGGCAGAGAAGCUGCUAUCCUACGACUUUGCCUGGGCUGGAACCCGGAACCGUGGAUUUGCCGACGAGUUUCAACGUGCGAAUAUCAACUUGUCUCUUGUCGAGGCACAGGUGGAUCUUCUCCAUAGCUGGAAGUUCUUCGCUAUCGAGCAUUGCACAGACUUCAUGCCUGAUCACGAAAUCCGCAAGUCAAUGGCAGUUGUCGCACAGAGUUGCCUAAUCGCCAACACCGAAAGCGGUGCUUCCGAGGCCGUCUUUGAACGAGUUAAGCAAACACGGGUCGACUUCGCCCAAGCUCUCCUUCAACAGCUUGUUGAGGUUGGUGCGAGAGGUGCCGAGGUCUUCCAGCUACUUGAAAUCGCCUGGAAAGCACUCCGAGCCCGGCACCCGACAUAUGAAGAUGCUCUGAUUCAUAAUGACACAGAGUAUUUCCGGUCUCUUUUGAAUGUUCUGUUCCUUGCUCUUCAGUUCCACUUGGAUAGUCCCUCUCGCGCUGCUCCCGAGGUCAUCAACAAGAAGGCUGAGAUCUCGUCGGAUUUGACGCUGAUCGUCGAAAUUGUCAAGACAGUUGUGGCACAAGGCUUCAGAACUCUCACCACAUAUCUGCACGAGGAGCCCGAAAAUUGCACGACAAAGGAUUUUGCCAUCAUCAUUGCUAUUCUCCAGACCAUCUUGCAAGUGAAGAACGCCGAUCGCCUGUAUGAGCAUAUCGUGUAUCACAUUGAAGAGAAUGAGACUGUUCGCCAUGCAACAACGCUCUUUUCUUGGGCCGAUCAACUAGCCGCCGCCGGUGACCCUGUUUACGCCCAGUACAGUGUCUCGAUCCUCGUCAAGAUGUCAACGCUACCGAUGCUCGCGGAGCACCUGGCUGUCGAGGCAGUCUUGAUGAAGCUUUCCACUUGCCGCCUUACCAACCUCCUCACCUCGACCAGUGGGUUCGGCCCCUUUGAUCAAGUUCCUCGUCUGUUCAGUAUCUGGACUGGAGGUUUCCUUCCCCUCUGCCUGAACCUCCUCUACAGUGUCAUGCGCACCGCACCGGAGGUUGCCGCCUUCCUGAACCAGUUCGAAGGCCGUCUCACCCGUGCCUCGGACGCAUUCUCCACUGCACAUGCGGGCACUACUGUGGCCCCAUCUGCCAGCUGGAUUACGCUCAGCAUGGCCUCCGAGGCCAAUUCACUCGGUCUGAUCUCCCACAUCCUUGACCGAUACCGAGAGGCCGGCGCCAGUGCCGGAAUCGACACCCAGGCCAUCCAGCCUCUCCAGUGGGACAAGGUGCAGGUCCAGGAGGAUAUUGAAGAACUUCUUGGUCGUCGCGCUGUUCUACGGACCCGCAUUGUCGCAACUUGUGAUAAGGAAAUGGAGUGGGCCCGGAAGAAGCCUCUCAGCGCGAGCUCUGGGGCCGAGAACCGGUUGGAGGAAAAGGUCGUCAAUCAGAUGAAGGCGACACUUGCCUGCAUCAAGGAGGAUUCAUGA